CAAGAUAACUGCAUUAAGAAUCGCAAAUGCUUCCACUUGAAUCGAAAAUGAACAAAAGAAUCUCUCAGCCAUUUCGUCGAUUACCCGACCGUGGGAGUUAGCAAUAGCAAUCCCAUAAGCCUCCACCUGUGCAUUAUCUGAAACAAAGGAACCAUCGCAAUGCACAACCUUACUAAAAGAAUCUCUCACUUACUUUGUAUAUUUAGAGUUGGUAGUUUGAGACAAGAUACUAUACCCUAACAUUUAAUAGAUGAACACAUGUCUAUAAUUUUCUAACCCAACUCAUAAAAUCCAUUUAAUCUAAAAAUAUUAACCGAGUCACUGUUUUAAUUCGAAUAUACCAAAAUACAAAUAAUAAGUGUGAACACACAUCCGUUAUGCAUACUCCCCUUACUAAAAGAAAUAUAUUGUAGCUAAAAAUUGGAGAAGGCUAAAAAGAAAAGUGUUGUGGAGACGUACUUCCCUUAAAAACCACUAAAAAAUGAACGUAGGAAUCAAUGAGCCGAUUAUCCGGCCGAUUAGAAUGGACCGAGAUCCAUUAUUGCUUGACCGCCGGCCAUUCGGCCAACAACAACAACAACAAAACAAAAAAAAAAAGAAGAAAGAAAAGCUUAACCAACUAUAACACUCGACGACGGGUAAAUCUACCCUCCUUAAAAGAAGACCAAAACAUCUUCACUUCCCUCAUCCAUCAACCCACACACAUACACACAAACAAAAAAAACACUCAAUACAAUAUCCAUGGCUUCUUCUUCUUCUUCAUCUUCUUCCUGCGCAAAAUAUGGGAUCGCCAUGAUCAUGUUAGUCGCAAUUCUGUGGAGCAGUACUUAUGGCGUGGAAGAGACGAAGCCCGCCAAGUGCAGCGGGCGCAAAGUGAACCAAGCGUACAGCAGCGACGUGAGCCAGCUGGUGAAAGAUCUGCAGCAAUUGGCCAAGCCAAACAAGCCGGCCACGAAAACGGUCGGGUCUGUUAAGGGGAAGGCCAGCUGCCAGACCAAGAACAUAGACGACUGCACAGGUUGUCUUGGCGUCGCCACAGUCCAGCUCGCCGUAGAUUGCAAGGGCAAGGCGGUCGGUAAGUCCACCGGAGUAGGCACCAAGAACUGCAAAAUGAGCUUCCGCCCCGCGUAAAUAUAUAGAUCCGUCGAUGCAUGCAUGGUGGUUGGCUUGCUGCUAUACGUCUCUCUCUCUCUUUUGGUUUUGGGUCUCUGGUGCUUUUUUUUUUUUUGUUAGCCUUUUUCCCCUUAACGUUCUGCAGCUUGUUGUUUCCCUAAGCGGAAACCGGUUAGUUUGUGUUGAAUAAUUUGAGCUAUGAUAAUAAUGGUUUAUCUUUGUG